CCCAGUGGUUCUGUCUCACCAACACCAUGCACCGCCAUGGCACAAUGCCAACUGUAUGAUACACGAUGACGAUGAGCUCUUCUAUUAAUAAUACAUGUACACACCGUGAUGCUGACGGUGUUGCCACAAGCUCUAUUGCUACAGCUACUGUGACUACUAGUAGUACAACAAGUGCAAUUCCUGUGGAAUCAGAAGUAGACGAGUCCACUACUUUGCAUGUCAGCACUUUGAAUGUGGAUGAUUCUAUUGAGGUUGCACCAGGUACUUCUACUAGCAAUGCUUCUACUAGCAAUGCUACUAGUACUAGUAGUAGUAAUUCUCUGUGCCGCACAACCAUUACAAUCUUGAUUUGGUAUUUUCUGUCCAAUGCAACAAUUUUAUCAACCAAAUGGUUAUUUACGAAUCAUUUUCCAUUUCCCUUGACAGUGACCAUGUGUUCCAAUUCCAUUGCCACGCUGUGGGCGUACGGGUUUCCAAGUCCUCACAUGGUGAAAACAGUGAAGUAGUAACCCGGCAGUUGUUUUGGUCGUUCAUUGUCCCCAUUGGAGUGUGCAUUGCCUUGGAAAUUGGAUGUUCCAAUGUGGCCUUGAAAAUUCUUAGUGUCUCCUUUGGUACCAUCUUGAAAGGGAGUGCUCCCGUCUUUACAUUUGGUUGGGGAUUGGUGUUUGGAUUGGAACCGUUUUCCUGUUCUGUUUUCAUGGCGUUACUUACCAUUGCCGUGGGAAUUGCACUGGCAUCCUUGGGAGAAGGACAGGAAUUUUUACUACUGGGAUUUUGUCUCCAAUUGUUCUCCACGGCAUUGUCGGGAUUCCGAUGGGCCAUGACACACCGGUUGCUAAAGGGCAAUUCCAAUUCACAAGAAGAUCAACAACCAAAGUUAUCCCCACUGACAGCCACACUCUACACAUCCCCCACCACGGCGCUCUGUGUCAUGCCCUUUGCCUUUUUCCUCGAACACAAGGCCAUUGCCGAACACACAUUUACCGACAUUACAGAAGGAGUCCUCAUUGCUACUGUGUUAGUCUGUAUUGCCACCAUGGUCUUUGGUCUCAUUAUGAGCGAGUAUUGGUUGGUCCGGGCAUCGUCGUCUUUGGCAUUGAGUGUUGCUGCUGUAUUCAAGGAAUUGCUUACCAUUGGAGGAGGUAUCUUUUUCUUUGCCGAACAUUUGGAUACCCUCAAUGUGCUCGGAUUUUGUACCUGUCAAUCGGGAAUUCUGGCCUAUGUCUAUCUGCGGUAUGACAACAAUACUAGCCAAAAUCAACAAUACACACCUGUGGAACAACCUACCAACCAGCCUACGACGACUGAACAACGACAAGGCUUUGUCGAUGAUCCAGACGAGGAACAUGUCAUUACAUGAUUACCUUGCGGACGCGUAACCAAGGAAUGAUGGAAUAAGUAACUAACCAGCAAUUCGAUUCGAUUGACAGAAGAUCGUUCCUGUUGGAGACGUACCGGUAUUAAAAUCUGGGAAACAAAAACUCAUUGAACAGAUUGACAGUCGAGUACAUGGACGUGAAUUCAAUUCGAGGGUUACGGUACAGUACUACUUCCAGAUUCCAGAACCCUCUUUUCCCGGCAGCGGGCAACGACUUUGGAUACCGGACGGUAUCAUUACCAGUAAACUAGCUAGACGAGGAGUACAGUAAUACUAGCUAGAUUGUUACAUAC